GCCUUCCCAGAACACUCCUGGAGCUGAAGCACAGCACCCCAAUAUUCCUUGAGGGAAAGGCCAGGAAACCUUGCUCAGGCUGGAUGAACUCGUGGACACUUUGGAACACAGGAGGGUUUUAAUGUCACCCAGUCAGAGGACACACAGAAAAGACUCCAGUUUUGGUACUGGGAGCAGUGGAAGCUGAGAUAUUCCAAAGCUGCCUGCAGUUUGUGUCCCUCCUUAAGGAUUUUGAGAUCCCUGCCCACUGAAAGCACCUGUGCCGUGUGUGAGAUGUGUGAGGAAACAUCCUUCCUUAAGCGGAGAAUCUCAGUCCUGAAGUUUAUUGUCACUGCUUUGUGAGAUUCAAGAAGACAUUCAGAAGCUUAAAAUGGAAAAAAACAACUUGAAAGGAAAUGCAGAAGCUGUGGAUAUUUGUGACCUCAGAAAAGCAACUGAAAGGACUGAACUUGGGCUGAGACAGCAGGUGGAAAUGGAUUUUAAAAUCAUGCUUGACCCAGAGAACAUGGAGAAUAAAGCUGGUUUAAAACUUCCCAAUGAUGAGACCAGGCUGCCACUUAUAGCUAAGAAAAAAUCUGCUCCUGUGUGCAGUCAGAGGACAGGGAAGGAUCCCACAGCCCCCAGCCCUUGGGCUUUGCCUGCCUUCCUCUCCCUGGGCUCUCCCUUGCCCCUGCUAGAGGGGGACACCCCAACAGGUGCCCUGAGCCCCAGUGGCCAGAGGCUGAUCCUCCCAGCAGCACUGAGAGCUCUGCCAGCCCCUCCUGCCAUGCCCAGAGCAGCUCCUGGCCCUCAGUUCCCCAGGCAGCACAAGAAACCAGCUCUAGGAGAGAUGAGUGUCAGGCUGGACCCUGAGAGCACAGACACCAUCACCCUCCCAAAGCCAAAGGAAGCAGUUUAUGGCACAUAUUCCUCUAGUAAAGGGAGCAUUCCAUCACUCCCAUCCAGCAACUCCGUGCUUUCAACAAGGAGAUCAAGGCCAGAGUGGAGGUGUUCAGCUCAGCAGCUGCAAUCUGAGGUGCACAUUCCGCCUCAGACGCAGCCCCCACAAACAGCUCAACCCUUCCAGGAUCCCUGCUCGGACAUUGCUGUUCACCAGAAAGCUCCAAGUGUUCUGACCCUUCAACACCUCCAUCAUUCCUCCUGGGGGAGCACUGUGGGGUUUUUGGAACCCUCAGAAAAGCUCCUCAAAGACCACUCUGUCCCCCUGGCCACCAUCAACAGCCAAAAGUUGGCACAAAUCACCUCGGACUUGGAUUUUAAAGAGAAUCCCACCAAAAGUGACAUUUUGUCCAUGAUGAAGAAUCAGCCAGCUGUGGAAGAGACCCCAAAUGGAGCUGGGCAGGGGGGCAGCACAGGGGGGCACAGGGGGGGUCCCAGCCCCGUGCCAGGCUCAGGCCAGCAGCAGCAGCAGUGGGCAGCAGGUGUGACCAGCCCCAUGCCAGGCUCAGGACAGCAGCAGCAGCAGUGGGCAGCAGGUGUGACCAGCCCCAUGCCAGGCUCAGGACAGCAGCAGCAGCAGUGGGCAGCAGGUGUGACCAGCCCCACGCAGCAGCAGUGGGCAGCAGGUGUGAGCAGCCCUGGGCAGCAGCAGUGGGCAGCAGGUGUGCUCAGCUCUUCCUGGCGCUCCUGGAGUCACCUGGCACGGCUGAGGGGUGCCCUGAGGGCAGCACGGCGCAGACACCUGGAGAAUUUCUGCAGCAGGGCCAAGCAUCUGGCAGCCAACUGGAAUCGCAUCAGGACCUCCAGGAGGACUAUUAUCCAUAUCCCAUCAUUAGGAUAUUCCCAACACAUCCGUGAGCACAUCCCUGACCUUGCUGUCCAGCAGAACCUGCAGAUGGGGAGGCUCUGUGACAUCCUGGAUGCCAACGUGGACGUCAUCUACAUCUGCCCCCUUGCUCUGAGUGAGGAGUUACUGCAGUACUACAAUAAACUCCUGGGUCUGCAGGCAGCUGUUAGAUCUGGGAGCCCUGAGGACAUGGCUGACCUGCAGGACAGGUUCAGAAUUCUCACCCCUGAAGCUAUAAACAGCUUCCCUGAGCAGCACAUGUGCCUGGCCACGGUGCUCAAGUACAGCCCCAGGACGCUGCAGAGGCUCCAGGGUCUGCUCCAGGGCAGGGAUGCCUACAUGGUUGGGGGUGUUCCCCACCUGGAUGAGCUGGCUGUGGCUGACCAGCUCCAGGUGCCACUUCUGGGCUCAGAGCCAGCAGUGGCUCAGCUCUGCAGCACCAAGUCUGGCAGCAGGAGAAUCUUUGCCAGUGCUGGAGUGCCAACCCCUCCCGGAGAGGGGGACAUCCACAGCAGGGAGCAGCUGCUCCAUGCCCUCAGCCAGCUCGUCCUGGACAACCUGGAGGUGCAGCGCUGGCUCUUCAAGGUGGAUGAUGAGCGUGCAGGAGAUGGCACUGCCUUCUGUGAUGUCAUUUCUCACCUGGAAUGCCAGCCCUGGAUCCAGAGGGAGCAGCAGGAACACGGCCCCGGGGUGUGGAGCGAGAGCCAGGCUCGUGAGCUAGCUUUGGUGAAGAUCUCCCAGGAGCUGCCGGGCCUUUUAGCACAGCACGUACAGCCAGUCAAUGAGAAACGAUUCCCUACAUGGGAAAAAUUCCUCCAAACAUUUCUUACUCAAGGGGGGGUGAUCGAAGCCUUUCCCUGCUCGGGCAGCGUCGCCAACCUGACGGUGGAUCUGCUGAUCGAGCCCACGGGGGAGCUGACUCUGCUGGCAUCUGGGGAGCAGCUCCACGCCGAGGGGCCCCUCAGAUCCUCUGGCACCACCAUCCCACAGCGUUCCGUGGAUCCCGGCCUUCUCCAGGCUCUCUGCCUGAAGGUUGGGGAGGCCUGCAAAGCCAAAGGAGUGCUGGGCUACUUCUCUGUGGACUUCGUGGCUUUCACCCAUCCCCAAACGGGGCGGCAGCAGGUGUGGGCAACAGACCUUGACCUUGGCUACAGUGACCAGCUGGCCCUGAGUCAGCUCCUGGUGUACCUGACAGAUGGAAAUAUGGAUUGUGGCUCCAGCAUCCUGCAAGCACCUCUGGGAGCAAAGGAGAGCCAAAGCCAGGGCGUCCAGCACGAGGGGACAAAACCUCCUGCCCCCAGCAGCCCCCGGUGUGCCGUGGCCAGCAGCCAGCUGAGGCACUGCAGCCUCUCAGGGAUCUCCUACAGCCUCCUCCUGCACACCUGCAAAGCCCACGGCAUUGGAUUUGACCCCCAGGAAAAACAGGGAACAGUUUUUGUGUUGUAUGAAGACCAGAAGCGACACAGCCUGGGAAUGAUAACAAUCGGAGAGGAUCUCCAGGGGGUCCUCCUGACCUUUGCUCGCAAUCUCUUCAUCAUCCAUCAAGAAAUAUCAGCACCUAAUAUGCAAGGCGAGACCAAUUUUAAGAUGGCAAUUCGAGACAUUGAAGCAAUUCUAGGAGUUACAGCAGAAAACAAACUGAGAUUGGAAGAAGAGCAACCUUGGGAAGCAGAUGCUCUGAAAGAAUAGUUAACAGAAAAUGUUCAAGUGCCUCAUUCCUUAUGCUUCUGGAAAGGCUUCCUCAUCUGUAAGAGCAGGUUUGGUUUUCCUUCUGAGCUGGUGUGUGAAGUAGCAUUAACUGAGACAGAAAAUCUCUGUGGCUGCUGCCUGUGGCACUGGGAACAUCCCACCUUUCUGGCUGGAAAGCACAGGAUCAUCCCAAUGCUCCUCAUGUCCCUGUUGGCAUUCCUGGAGUUCAGCACGUGGGUUAAAAAUCUCAUUAAUGGGGUCGUGCUGCCUUUGUCACUGAUUGAGCAGGGGGAGCACAUCCACUGAAAAGAGCCCUGGGAGCCCAAAUUCCCUUUCCAACAGGCUGAAACACUGAGCACUGAAAGAAAGGAGUGCAGAGACUGCCAGGGUGGGCAGAUGCAGAGACUGGCAGGGAUGGAGCAGCUCUGCAGGGAGGAAAGGCUGGCACAGCUGGCAUGGCUCAUGGUUCACCUGCACAGGAGAAGCUUGGGGUGAGCUCAGGGUGGCCCUGAAGAUGGAGAGAGACUCCUCAGGAGGACCUGGGGUGCCAGGACAAGGGGGAAUGGCUUCAAACUGAAGGACAUUGGGGUUAGCUGGGGUAUUAGGAAGGAAUCUUCCCCUGUGAGGGUGGGCAGCCCUGGCACACGUGCCCAGAGCAGCUGGGGCUGCCCCUGGAUCCCUGCAGUGCCCAGGCUGGAUGGGGCUUGGAGCAGCCUGGGAUGGUGGAAGGUGUCCCUGCCAUGGCAGGGGGGUUGGAUCUGGAGGAUUUUUAAGGUCUCUUCCAACUCAAACUAUUCCAUGGGUCUUUUGCCUAUAAAUGCUUUAAUUUAAGCCCCACUUCAUCAGUAAUCCCAGCAACCCUCAUUCCCCUGCAGAGCCAUCUCUAUUGUUAUGCUGCUUUUUCUGUUAUCUAAACACUUUUGCAGCAGUUCUUUCAUGGUCAUUUUCAAAUUAUCAAAAAGAACAGUAAUAGCACUAAUUCAUCAAUAGAAUUCUACUUGCACUGUGAUUCCCAGAAUUCCAUGGCUUUUGCAGGUCUGUCCAUCUGCACUUUGGACACUGGUGACCCUUUUGGUCACAACUGCUGUGCACUGUUGUUAAAGGACAACAUCAUAUUUGUAAAAUCAUCUUUAUCAAUCAAAUCUUUAAUAUCCCAACAGACAACACACUCCACAUUUUACUAAGGAAGAGCAGAUCUCACUGCAUGGAGCUUUUAUCCUAGGAAUAGCAAAUAUCCUUGGGAUUAGUUCCCAAACAGCUCAGGCCAAACCAGUUUUACCACAAAUACUAAACAAGACCAAGAAGUUGCAUGAGAUCAGCCCCCAGUUUUCCUGACAGCAAAUCUUUGAUCCCUCAGCAUGACACAUUAUUUUCUGUGGAGUUUUUUCCUCUUCCACUUUGAUCACAGAAUUAAUUCAUUGCAGAUAAAAACAUUUGCAUAAAUGCUGGUUACUGCUUCAAACAAAAAUCCACAGGAGUAUUUUUAACUCCUGGUUUUAUUGCUGUUUUACCUCAGUGUGGUGCUGGGUUUGGAUAGCCCACAGAGACUUUGCCAAGGUGGAAUUUAGCUGCACUUGAGCUGGUGUGCAAAGGGUUAAGGAAAAGGAAGCCUUGAUCCAAGCCAGAACAACAUAAGGUCUGAGAGGCUCAUUAGUUCACUGGCACUUGAUAGACUGCAGUGUCCUGGGAGGAAAUGGAACCUGCACUUCCUUCUGCCUUUGUUCUGCCCCGACAAAAGAAAACUGUACCUGUGUUUGCAGGAAACAAGUGACCUGAAAGUUCCCUUGGUGAGAGAGAUUUCACAGCAUGUGCAAAGUGUGAAAUGUAUUUUGAGGGGGGGAAAAAGAAAGUUUUUAAUUACUACUAACACUUCUGAGCCUUGAGCUGAUGGAAGGAUUGAAAACUGCUUGGCAGUCUCUCACAUCCAGCUCCCAUGCUGCUGGUGCCAAAAAUGUGGGUUUUAGCAAUGCUGCAGAUUUAAAAUGAAAUUAUAAUGUUGUUAAAAAGUCAGGAAUAUAUUCUGUUCACACUACUGGAUUAUUUAUUCCCACUCGUUAAAAGAGUAAUAGAGUUGUUGAACUGUAGAUUGAAUUUCAGAACGUGAAAUGGAUGGGAAGAAAACAGAACAAGUGUGAAGCAAAAGAUUAAAGGUGGCCCAAGUGUGGCUUCCCAUCAGAAACUCCCCCAAAAAAUGCCAGGUUUGGGCAAAAGCUGGAGCUGGCUCCAUCAGAAACUGCCCCAAAAAAUGCCAGGUUUGGGCAAAAGCUGGAGCUGGCUCCAUCAGAAACUGCCCCAAAAAUGCCAGGUUUGGGCAAAAGCUGGAGCUGGCUGCUCAGCUGCAGGGAGAGCAGGAAUGCUCGUGGAAGCAGGUGAGGGCCAGCAGGUUUGGCAGCAACUGCAGUGGAUGCAGACAAUUAAAAUAAAGGAUUUGUGCUCCCCAGGAGUCAGAGCUGGAAAUGGAGAUGUUUGUUUAACUGGCAGCACUUGGUGGAUUUUGUUUGAGCCAGAAUUCAGGGCAGCACAGACCAGGUCAGUCUCCUGAAAGAGCUACCUGGAGCUGAUGAGACUGGAAACUGGGUCUCCUGUUUUAGGUAGUUGGGUUUAAAGCCCUGGGUAAAAGAAAUAAAAAAAGCUUUUAGCCCACAUUUCCACGUUUAGAAUGACAACUCUGAGCACAGAGAAAAAAAAAACAAGCAGUUUAUCAACACAAUUUCCAGAUGUCUUCUGAAAUGAAAUGUUCACCCUCCCUCUUUCCUGGAAUAUCUCCAGCACCUCAAGAUCAGGAGAAUUCAUCACCUUCCCUCUAGGUUAAGGUAACAAAUCUCUGCAUCUUUAAGGCUAUCCUUAAAAACUCGUAUCAAACCCAUUUAACAACAGGAUACUGUAGCUCGAGGCAUCCCCUGUUACAUUGCACAGAUCCUCUGCAUUUCAUUUUAGACUGCAGUAUUUGUUAUAUUGAUGAAGAACAAAAGAUUAAGAACUACAAUCAUUGACAACCUUCAUUAAUGUAAUUAAUGAAACACAACAGCAUUGUAUCACU